AUGGAUCCAGUAGCUUUUCGUCUAACCUAUUUAAGAACAUUAAAGUUGAUCAAUCUAUUCAAACGUCAUCGAGUUGAUCCAGAAUCAGACGAAUAUUAUCGUCAAGCCGUGUGGGAUGUAGUUGCUGAGGUGCUCAAAGAGGAACGCGAGUAUAAGAGGGCUAUGAACAGGAAUAAGAAGGUGCCCUUUCCGUGCGCCUGCGGGGCCACCUGUUCCUUCGCGGAGUACCUUCAACCCAUUAUAUCCGCGUUUGACAAGCUAUACAUGGAGUACAUAGCCGUCCAUCGCGACUACACCAACCUCUUUCACGCCACGUGGGUAAGACCGGUGUGCAAGGCGGCUUUGAAGGUGGAGGAGGACGUGAAAGGAAAUGAGUCUGACAAGGUUUUAUUCUCUCUACAUGAGCCCCCUCCAACAAUAAGUGGGUUGCCACCUCUCCUUGAUCCAGAUCGUAUCAAGGUUACACCUAUAGUAUGCCCCUCUGUGGACGAGAACACGACGUCAUUGGAAUCCUAUAGAAGGGAAGAUAAAGAAGAGGCGAAAAUGAGGCUGGAAAUUAUCAGAAAGCGACUUGUUCAACAUCUGGAGGGGCAGUCAAUGUGGGUGAAACUGUGGCCGUUCACAUAUGCCUAUAAAGUUUGCUUGUGCCUCUAUUGUGAUUAUCGGGACUGUGUGACGGAUUACCGAAACGCGAUUGAGAAGCUGAAAGCUGAAUAUGAUGUUCUCUAUCGACUGUAUGAGAUCCUCUUUGGGGCUGUGGAUAUGCUACCUCCAGAGGGGAAUAAAAAGAUUAUCAUGCUAUCGAGGGAACAGCAGAAAGAAGAGGAGGAGGAGGCAAUACGGUGUAGGCAAGCGUUUGUUGGCGCCGAAAAACGGAUCAACCAUGUUACGGAGAUAUAA